UUUGCGUAAGAACUUUUAUUUUACGUGCGUCUCUCCGUCACUCCUCUUCCGGUCAUUCUUCACUUACGUGGCUGUUACCGCUCUUCUUCCGGUCUGACAGAUUAACUCACUACCUGUCACACGAUGGAGUUGGAAGCCAUGACGAGAUACACCAGCCCGGUGAAUCCGGCUGUGUUCCCCCACCUGACUUUAGUGCUGAUGGCCAUCGGCAUGUUCUUCACAGCCUGGUUUUUUGUAUAUGAAGUAACGUCUACAAAAUACACACGAGACGUGUACAAAGAGAUGCUUAUUUCACUGGUCGCAUCACUCUUCAUGGGCUUCGGAGUGAUCUUCCUCUUACUGUGGGUCGGCAUAUACAUCUGAUGUUUGGACAGUGGACCACGACACAUACAACAGAACAUUCCGGGUUGAUCAGAGCAUCCAGGGUCAAGCACCAGAAUCUGGGAUGGAGUUUUGGGCAGGAUGAAGGGAUUGUGGGUUAAUCUUUCAGAAAUAAAACGUUUUUUGUUAGAAAAUUAAAA